CUUCCGGGUCGGGGUUGGGGGCGGCGGCAGCGGACAGUGAAGGGCAGCGGCGGCGUCCGAGGCUGCUGUCUGGAUUUCAAUUAUGGCAGGUCCAGAAUCUGAAAGUCAGUAUAAUUUCACUGGUUUUAAAAAAUACUUCAAUUCAUAUACCCUUAAUGGCAGAAAGAAUUAUGUACUGGCCACUUAUGGAGGAAUUGCUUUGCUCGUACUUUACUUCAAGACAAGGUCUAAAAAGACUCCAGCUGUGAAAGCAACAUAAAUGGAAUCUGAUAUGUUUGUGUUUAUAUGUGUAUACUUUGUCCAUCAUCAAGUUUCCUGGCUGAAGAACCUGCUGUCAACUUAGCAUGUGAUCUAUAGAUCAUAAAAUAAAACAUGAACUCAGAAAA